AUGAAAAGUUCCCGAAACAUCUCUAAUAUCUACGCUACUGACAGAAAUCUAAAGAUGUCUAUUCUGGGAUUAAAGAAGAAGCAACCAAAGACGUUUAAAGUCAAAGUUAUAACUAUGGAUGCAGAGAUGGAGUUCAGUUGUGAGGUAAAGUGGAAAGGUAAAGAUCUAUUUGAUUUGGUUUGUCGAACUGUCGGUUUGAGGGAGACCUGGUUCUUUGGACUCCGAUACACAGUAAAAGACACAUACGCCUGGUUGAAACCCGACAAAAGAGUUUUGGAUCAGGAAGUUCCCAAAGAUUCACCAAUAACGUUUCAUUUUUUGGCUAAAUUCUUCCCUGAAAAAGUAGAAGAAGAAUUGGUCCAAGAAAUUACACAGCAUCUUUUCUUCUUACAGGUGAAAAAACAAAUACUAGAAGAAGAAAUACUAUGUUCCCCUGAAGCGUCGGUUCUCCUCGCCUCAUACGCCGUCCAAGCAAAAUACGGAGACUAUGACCCCAACUUUCACAAACCCGGUUUUCUGGCUCAGGACGAGCUGCUCCCAAAGAGGGUGCUGAUGCAGUAUCAGAUGACAGCUGACAUGUGGGAGGAGAAGAUCACAGCUUGGUAUGCAGAGCACCGAGGCAUCGCCAGAGACGAGGCGGAGAUGGAAUACCUGAAGAUCGCACAAGACCUGGAGAUGUACGGCGUGAGCUACUUUGCAAUAACGCAAAACAAAAGGGACACAGAUCUGCUGCUGGGAGUGGACGCUCAGGGCCUUCACAUCUACAGCCCCAACAGCAAACUCAACCCCAACAAGUCCUUUCCCUGGAGCGGCAUCCGCAACAUCUCCUACAGCGAGAAAGAGUUCACCAUCAAGCCUCUAGACAAGAAGAAAGACGUCUUCAAAUUCUACUCGUCUCAGCUACGAGUCAACAAGCUGAUCCUGCAGCUGUGCAUCGGGAACCACGACCUGUUCAUGAGGAGGAGGAAGGUGGACUCUAUAGAGGUGCAGCAGAUGAAGGCUCAGGCCAAAGAGGAGAAGGCUCGAAAAAAGAUGGAGCGGCAGAUCCUGGCUCGAGAGAAGCAGAUGCGGGAGGAGGCGGAGCGGGCGAAGGAGGAAAUGGAGCGGAGACUUUUCCAGCUGCAGGACGAGGCGCGACUCGCCAACGAGGCUCUGCUGCGUUCGGAGGAGACGGCUGACCUCUUGGCGGAGAAGGCCCAGAUCGCGGAGGAGGAGGCCAAGCUGCUGGCCCACAAAGCCGCGGACGCCGAGCAGGAGCGGCAGCGGCUGGAGGUGACGGCGCUGAAGACCAAAGAGGAGAAAAGACUGAUGGAGCAGAAGAUGAGGGAGGCGGAGCAGCUGGCCGUCAAACUGGUGGAGCAGUCAGAGCGGAGGUUAAAAGAGGCGGACCAUCUGAAGCAGGACCUGACCGAAGCCAAGGAUGCGGAGCGCCGAGCCAAACAGAAGCUGCUGGAGAUCACCAAAACGACCUACCCGCUCAUCGCCGCCUACUCUGCGCCUCCUGCUCCUCCUCCUCCUCCUCCCGAAGCCUCAAACAUCUCAUACGAUUCCACCUCCAUGCGUUUGGACUUCAAAGACCCCGACAUGAAGAGACUGUCCAUGGAAAUCGAGAGGGAGAGGCUGGAGUACAUGGAAAAGAGCAAACACCUGCAGGACCAGCUGAAGGAGCUCAAGACCGAGAUCGAGUCCUUGAAGCUGGAGGAGCAGCAGCAGCAUCAGCAGCAUCAGCAGCAGCAGCAGCAGCAGCAGGGCGGCCACUUCCACCCGGACCCCCGCGGAUACCACCCAGAGCAACAAUACGCUCCUCACAGUAACAGGAACUCGGCGUACAUGUCACAAACGGCCUUUUAUGAAGAAGUUUGA